CCUGCAGGCUCACCUCGCCUCGCUGUAUUUAAGGGGCUUUCUUUUAGGAUCCCCGAGCUGACAUGAACAUCUUUACUAAAGUCCCAGGAUUAGCCCAACAAACCAGCAAGCUGGGGUCUGUGCUCCAACGUGCCUUCUACGGGUCCAGUGGGAGGGUGACCCUUUUCGAGCAGAGGAACUUCGCAGGAAGGCGGCUCGACCUGAGCUCUGACUGCACCAGGCUCAGUGACAAGAACUUCCCAGAGAGAUGCAACUCCGUGCAGGUGGAGAGUGGAGCGUGGGUGGGCUACGAGCAUGAGAACUUCCGGGGCCGUCAGUACCUGUGGGACAUGUCCGAGCGCGGAGAGUACAACUGCUACGACAAGUGGUGCGCUCAGGCCGACCACGUCUCCUCCGUCCGUGCCGUCAAACAGGACAACAAUCCGGCCAAAGCCCAGCUGUUCGAGCGAGCCGGAUUCUCUGGUAAGAAGAUGGAGAUCCAGGACGACAUCCCCAACCUGAUGAGCCGCCACAGCCUCAACAGAUUCGCCUCCAUCCGCGUGCUGGGCGGAGCGUGGGUGGUGUAUCAGGAGCCGAACUACAGAGGACCUCACUACAUCCUGGAGAAGAAAGACUACAACAACUUCUCAGACUGGGGCAGCCAGAAUAACACGGUGGGCUCCAUGCGCCGAGUCCGCUUCAACUAACUCACCGACAACAAUGAAACACCUGCGAUGAUCAGAGUCUUCAAGACGUCACACGCAUGAAACCUGUCAGCUCUAAACACACACACAACUAUUUUAGUAAUAAACUGUGAAAAAGACAAAAAAAA